AUGAAGACUCUCCGGGCGCGGUUCAAGAAGACAGAGCUGCACCUCAGCCCCACUGAGCUCGGCUCCUGCCCACCCUGCGGCCCCUGCCCCAUCCCGAAGCCGGCAGCCAGAGGCAGGCGCCAGAGCCAGGACUGGGGCCGAAGCGACGAGCGGCUCCUGCAGGCUGUGGAGAACAACGACGCCACGCGGGUGGCUGCCCUCAUCGCCCGCAAGGGGCUGGUGCCCACGAAGCUGGACCCCGAGGGCAAGUCCGCGUUCCACCUGGCAGCCAUGAGGGGCGCAGCCAGUUGUCUGGAGGUGAUGCUGGCACAGGGUGCCAAUGUCAUGAGCACCGAUGGGGCAGGUUAUAACGCUUUGCACCUGGCCGCCAAGUACGGGCACCCACAGUGUCUGAAGCAACUGCUCCAGGCCUCCUGUGUGGUGGACACUGUGGACAGCAGUGGGUGGACAGCCCUACAUCAUGCAGCGGCUGGCGGCUGCCUCUCCUGCUCAGAAUUGCUCUGCUCCUUCAAAGCACAUUUGAAUCCCCGAGAUGGGUCAGGUGCAACACCCCUCAUCUUAGCAGCUCAGAUGUGUCACACAGAUCUGUGCCGCCUCCUCCUGCAGCAGGGCGCUGCCGUGAAUGACCGGGACCUGCAGGGCAGGACAGCCCUGAUGCUGGCCUGUGAAGGGGCCAGCCCGGAAACAGUGGAGGUGCUGCUACAGGGCGGGGCCCAGCCAGGCAUCACCGACUCGCUAGGCCGGGACGCAGCUCACUAUGGCACACUCUCAGGAGACAAACUCAUCCUGCAUCUCCUGCAAGAGGCAACCCAGCGUCCCUCACCACCAAGCGCCCUCCCAGAAGAUGACUCAGGCGAGGCUUCAUCUCAGAACUCUGUGUCCAGCCGUGAGAAGCCAGGGGCCUCCAAGAAGCGCAAGGCCCCUCAGCCCCCCGCCAGCAUCCCUAUGCCGGAUGACCGAGAUGCCUAUGAGGAGAUCGUGCGGCUGCGGCAGGAGAGGGGCCGCCUGCUGCAGAAGAUCAGGGGCCUGGAGCAGCACCAGGAGCGGCGGAGGCAAGAGGAGCCAGAGGCCAGCUCCCUCCACAGCCUAGAGAGACAGGUGCAGGAGCUGCAGCAGCUGCUGGCAGAAAACCAGGAAGAGAAGGAAAGCCUGGGACGAGAGGUGGAGAGUUUGCAGAGCCGGCUGUCCCUGCUGGAGAACGAGCGGGAGAACACCAGCUACGACGUGGCCACCCUGCAGGACGAGGAAGAGGAGCUGCCUGACUUCCCAGGGGCCGAGGCACUGCUCUCCAAGCGCCUGAGCCCGUCGGUCCUGGAGCUCCUGACCUCGCUGCAGGACCGGGUGGCCACGCUCACCAGACAGAACCAGGAGCUGAUGGAGAAAGUCCAGGUCCUGGAGAACUUCGAGAAGGAUGAGGCAGAGGUGAAUGGGUCGGCCGAAGUCAUACCCCUGGUCCUCUACGACGCCCUCCGCGCUGAGUUCGACCAGCUCCACAGGCAGCAUGCCGAGGCCCUGCGGGUGCUGGGGCAGCGGGACUCCCAGGGGGACCCUGGAGAGGAGGAGGCAGCCACGGGGACAGGCAGGGGUCGAGGAGCCAGUGUCACCACAAAUGGACCAAUAGAGACGGAGCUCAAUGGCCGCACGGCUCCGGAGUCCAAAGCAAAUGGAGUAGAGACCACAGAUGAGGAGGCCACAGGGGCCGAAACCACAAAGGCUAGGACUUUGGAAACAGCAUCCACAGAGGCUGAGCCCACGGAAGCCGGGGCCACAGAAACAGAGGGCUCAGGCGCUGUGGCCAGAGAAACAAAGGCAGCCAUGGUGGCCGAAGCCACAGAAGUGAAGGCUCCGGAAGGGGCAGAAAUCACCCUGAUGACGGCCACAGGGCCUGAGGCCACUGCCUCUGAAGCCACGAAGAUGAAAGCAGAGGAAGCCAAGGUGAAGGUCAAUGGUGCGGGUGCCACGGAGGCAGAGCUCACAGGCACAGAGAACACGGAUAUGCAAGCCACGGGGGCGGAAGCCACAGCCCUUGGAGUCCUCACUGGCCCCAUCCUACAUCCAGGUGCAGCUGAAGCCUCAGAGAAGCUCCAAGUGGAACUGGAGACCAGGAUCCGUGGCCUGGAGGCGGCGCUCUGGCAGCGAGAGCAAGAGGCAGCCGCUGAGCUGGAGGCGGCCCGUGGCGAGUGCCAGGCCGCGGAGGCUGAGGCAGGCCGGCUGCGGGAGAGGGUGCGUGAGGCCGAGGGCAGCGGGGACGGCGAGAGCAGCGGGGGUAACAUCAUCCAGCUUCGCGCGGCCUUGGAACAGGCCCGGGAGGACCUCCGGGACCGGGACUCGCGCCUUCGGGAGCUGGAGGCGGCCUCGGCCUGCCUGGAUGAGUCCCGAGCCGGUCGGCUGCUGGCUGAGGAGGAGGCCCGGGGUCUGCGAGCAGAACUGGCCCGACGGGAGGAGAUGCGGCUGGAGCAGAGCCGGGAGCUGGAGGUGUUGCGGGAGCAGCUGGCCACGGCCGCAGCCUCUGAGGAGCAGCAGCGGGCAGCGGCCGCUGCCCUGGGCCAGGCCCGGGACGCGGCGGAGGCUCAGGCCACUGAACUGGCUGCAGCCUGCGAGGAGGCCCGACAGAGCCUGGCGGAGCUGCGUGAGGCCUCCGAAGCCCUCCGCCGGACCUCAGUGCCGGCUUCUGAGCACCACCGGCUUCAGGAGGAGGCCCUGGAGUUGCGGGGGCGGGCGGCCAGCCUGGAGCAGGAGGUGGUGGCCACGGGCAAGGAGGCGGCUCGGCUCCGGGCAGAGCUGGAGCGUGAGCGUGCGGGCAGCGUGGCACGCUCAGAACAUGAGCGUGUGGUGGGUGCACUUCAGGCCAGCGUGGCCAGGCUGGAGGGGCAGCUGGAGGAGCUGGGACGACGCCACGAGAAGACCAGCGCUGAGGUCUUUCAGGUGCAGCGGGAGGCACUGUUCAUGAAGAGUGAGCGCCAUGCGGCCGAGGCACAGUUGGCCACCGCGGAGCAGCAGCUGCGGGGGCUGCGUACGGAGGCCGAGAGGGCACGCCAGGCCCAGAGCCGCGCGCAGGAGGCCCUGGACAAGGCCAAGGAGAAGGACAAGAAGGUGGGUGCCCCCUCUCCUGCACUCAGCCCAGAGGGCCCUGCUCAACUCCGCGAGGUGAGGGGCUCUAAGAAUAUCCCACCUAAAGGAGCUUGA